AAAUACAAAAAUUUUAAAGGAAAUGUGAGAAAUUUUGUGCAUUAAAAAUGAAUAAAAAUUUGUCAAUUAAAAUUUUAUAUAAUAAAGUGGAAGAAAAUUUAAUUAUUUAAGUAACAACACAAUUCUAAAACAAAAAAAAAUUAAAAAAAAAAUGGUGCUAAAUUUAAGUCAUGUCCCACCUUUUCAAUGGAGUCUUAAAACAAUUCCAGAAAUGCCAACUGUUGCUGUUAAUGAUACUUAUAUUGCACGACAACGUGCAUCUGUUAAAUGGUUAUUAUCAAAAGCAUAUAAUAAUCAUGUACCGGAUAAUAUACAGGAACCAUUUUAUCGUGAUCAUGAACAUCAAGAACAUUUAAAACCACAAAUUGUUGUUGGAUUAGGGAAUGCAACAUUAUAUUGUCAAACAUUAUCAAAUUUAUAUUCAGAUCCAAAUUAUCAAAGUUUAAAUCAUUGGUCAAUAUUACAAACAUUGGCUAGAAAAGGUGUACCAGUUUCAGAAAGUCAAGAACAGCCAUUAACUGAAACAGUUUUAAUACAAACGAAUCCAUUAAGAAUAAAUGCCCACAUGUCUGUGAUAGAAUCGCUUAUGAUUUUGUAUGCAAAAGAAAUUUCAUCGGGGGAUCGAAUACCAAAUGCGAUACGAAGAAUUUGUGGGCAUAAUGUAUCAAUAGCUGGUCAAACAUAUGAACAAUGCCUUUUAUCGUGGGUGUCACAUGCUUGUUCGGCUUUAAAGAAAAGAAUUGAUCAAGAAAUUGAAAAUGGUGCAACAGAUGAAAAUGGUGUUCGAUAUCAGUCACCAGAAGUUCCACCAGUACGAGAUUUUCAAGAUUUAUGUGAUGGUGUUUGUUUAGCUCUACUUAUAUCAUAUUAUUGUCCCAAAGUUGUUCCUUGGACUAGUGUUAGAAUAAAUUAUUUGCCAGCAGUAGAGGAUUCAAUUCACAAUGUUUUGUUAGUUAGUAAUUUCUCCCAAAAACAUUUGCCAUAUUCAGUGUUCCAUAUGACUCCAGAAGAUAUUACAUAUAUGAGAGGUUCAAUGAAACAAAAUUUAGUAGUACUUUUAGCCGAUUUAUUCAAUUUAUUCGAAAUACAUCCAGCAAAAUGUGUUUGUUAUCCAGGAAUGGAAUCACAAGAAUCCGAUACCAGCAGUGUUAGUUCCAAUGAAUACGGAAUUUCUUACAGAAGAGGUCUUACAUGUCAACCGAUAACACCAAUACCAGAUUUGAGAAGUGGUCUUGAUUCGCCUACUUGUUCACCUUCUAAUAGACCCCCAUUUCAAGUUAUACGUUCAACAUCUGCGGUAUCAAUGCGCAGAAUAACUCCACCUAAAGAUUAUCAACAUUGUAGUGAAACAAAUAAUUAUCCAACUCCAACUACGACACCUGUUGAUGAAGGCUUUGUAGUGCACAGAAGUAAAGGUAUUCCAACAUUGUCAUCGGUGCAGGAACCGUUGGUUCCAGCACGAUUACGGCAAGCUAAGGAGAAAAAUAAUAUGGAAUCUAAAGCAGAUGAAAGAGGUGAUAGUUUACCAGCUGGUCGUCCUAGUAAUUGGGAACAACAUAGAAGACCAAGUUUCGCAGGCCGACGUUCAAGACGAAAUUCUUCCAGUGAAGAUUCACAAUUAACAAUUGAAAAUUUUGGUGGUUCACAAGACCAAUUAAAUAUGAUUGAUCGAAAUAUUGAACGUGAAAGAAAAACAUCAGCAGCUAGUAUUGGAGGUUAUAUUGAACCAGUAUUACCGGCUAGAUCAUCAUUAGCUGAUGCUCGUGGUUCUUUACAAAUUGGUUAUGAUACUGAUUCAGGUUCUGAAAAACAAGAUAGAGAAACAGAGAAGACUGCAAUGAGACGUCAGACAAGUUUGGAUAACGUUUCCCUUCGUAACAUCAUACAUUCCAGUAGAAAAGACUUAACUGACGGCGAAAUAAUACAAAAUCAUUUAAAACAAAAGAGUGCCUAUUCACAAGAUGCUGAUGCUGUACCAAAACGAAAAACAUCAUUUGCUAAUUUACCAACAAAUACAACAACAUGGCAACAACAGUCAGUUUUAUUUAACCAAAGUGAUCAUAAUGAUUAUGUUGACGAAACCUCAAAACCCUUAAUAGAUGCCUCUAAAUUAUCAUCGAUUCGAUUAAAAUUAGAAGAAAAACGUAGAAAUAUUGAACAAGAAAAAAGAAAAAUGGAAAUUGCAAUGUCAAAACAUCAAGAGAAAGUUGGCAAAGCAGCUUUUCUUCAGGCAAUUAAUAAAAAAACUACUAUCACAUAUGAAUUCCAUAAACAUUUGGAGCACUUAAAACUGGAAGAAAUUAUGGGGAAGGCUCAAACUCAUUCAGAUGUUGAAAAUAAAGAUCAUCAUUCUAUGGAUGAAACAAGUUCUAGUACAAGUGCUGAUGGCAAUGAAACAAGUAGUAGUAUGCCAAGUAAAUCUAAUGCAUCUACCCAGGAUGAUUGGGAACCCCAGACUGAGUAUCAAAAAAGAACACCAGAUUUAGAAACAACAGAUAUAGAUAAAUAUCAGCAGAGUAUAGCAAUGAUGAAUUCGAAUUUACAAGAUCUUCAACAAGAUAUUCAUAGGUUAGUGACACAACAAAGUCAGUUACAAGCACAACAAUUACAAACUCAACAGCAAAUGUUACAAGCCCAACAAAUAUCAUCGAUGAUGCAACAGCAACAACCAUACGGCUCACAACAACAUCUGUCAAAUCAGUAUCGUCAAAUGCAGCAAAAUCAAUUUGGUUCAACACCACAUCUAUCUCAACAACAAUCAUUUGGAUCGCCAAGUGCAUAUCCAUCCCGUCCGCCUAGUCGUGACCCUUAUCAGCAACCAUCACAACAACAAUUACAACAAGCUCCUAUUCAAUAUAUCAAUGAGCAUGGACAAUAUGUUAAUCAAAAUUCACCAUUACCACAACCAAUUAACCAUCAACACCAGCAACCACCAAUAUUUAAACGUGAAAAUAGUCAACCAUAUAUAAAUAUUGGUGGUAGCGGUGUUUUAAAUUCUGGUAAUGGUAAUAUUUAUGAAAAUGGAAAUAAUUAUAUACAAUCAACAUAUGGUAAUCCAUAUGAUCCAUAUCCACCACAACAAUCUGAUAAUCAAUAUCAGUCAAAUCAAUUUAUUGUUCAAACAUCUCAAAUAAAUCGUCCGACCGAAUACGAUGAUUAUCAUCAUCGAAUUGGUGGACAUGAUCAUAAUUCACCACAACCAAAUCAGUUUUAUUUACAUGAUUCACCUCAAUCACAACAACCACAACAGCCAUUAAUGAUGCAAACAACAACCCAAAAGCCACCUCAACCGCCACAAAGAAGAACCUGGGCACAAUCUGCUGCAAAUCAAUCACAACAAAAUGUAGAUUCUAUAUAUAUGCAACAACAACAACAACAACAGCAGCAGCAGCAACAGCAGCAAAUGGUUGAUAUAAAUGCGUGGCAAAGUCAAAAUAUGACUCCAAAAGUUGAUACAAGAACAUGGAAAUCAUCAUCAAAUAAUAGUCAAAGUUCAAGUCCUGGAUUUUUAUUACAUCACAAUGGUGGCAGUGAUUAUAAUUAUCAAGAGAAAUCCUAUCAAAAUUUAUUUCAAGUGCAUUCGAGUCCACAACAUAGCCGUACACCACCACGUCAAAUUUCUAAUAUGAUGUCAAAUCACAGGGAUAACCGUAGUUUUGGUGCACCACAACCUCCAUCAGAGGAUAUGAUGGCACCACAAAGUAUAUCAUUUAUUGGUGAAGAUGAUGAUCAAGUUGAUCAAAUUGAAAUGAAUAUUGAAAUAUUGCAACCAUCAUCCGGAAGACAAGGAAAUAAUUUUAUAAGAAAGAUGCAACAACAGCAACAGCAAUUACAUCAACAGCAACAACAACAGCAGCAACAGUUUUAUGAUGAAAAUGAUGUUGAUGUUAAUUUAGGAAGAUUAAAUAUUUCAAGUGGCAAUAGAACUUAUAGAAUUCCAUCACCGUCCAGGCCAUUAUUGAAUUCAAACAGUUUUCAAGAUCCACAACAACAGUUUCAACAAAAUAAUCAACAGCAAAGACAGGAAAAUAAUUCAAUUAAUGAAAAAGGUUUUUAUAUAUCAUUCGAUGACCAACAACCGAAGCGACCUAAACCACCCCUACGAACAAAAAGAUCACCGAAAAAGGAGAAAAGCUUUGAUAAUAUCGAUAAGAGUGAACAACAUAGUCAACUAGAUAUUCAAUUAGAUAAUAAGAAAGAACAAAAGCACAAUAGCAUUCAUUCGAAUAUAGAAAACAAUAAAUCAAAUACUUAUAAUAAAUUAGAUCCAGAUACGCCAAUUCAAUUACGCCAAAUAACAGAAUUAAAUCAAAGUCCAAAUAAUGGUAAUAGUAUUUUUAAUGAUUAUCGACGUCAUUUGGAAGAUGUCACAAAUCAACAAUCUCAACAGCAGUUGCAACAGCAGCAAUUACAACAAGCCCAACAAAAUAUGAACAAUAACAACAAUAAUAAUAAUAAUAAUAGUUCCUCUAGGCAACCAAAAGAGAAUCAAGCUCUUAUAAUUGGUAACGAAAUAUCAAGUUUAGAUCCAAAUUCGAUUGACGAAAUGGAAAAGAAAAAGGAGAAAAUAAUGUUAUUGUCUUUACAAAGACGACAACAGCAAGAAGAGGCAAAAGCAAGAAAAGAAAUAGAAGCAAUGCAACGUCGCGAAAAAGAACGUGAAAAGGAAGAUGAACGUGCUCGAAAAAAAGAAGAACAGUCAGCUAGACGUGCAGCUAUACUAGAAGCACAUAGAUUAAAAAAGGCUGUAGAAGAAGCUGAGAGAGAAGGUAAAACCGUUGAUAGGGAACUUUUGAUAAAACAUCAAUUGGCACAACAACAACAAUUACAACAGCAACAAAUGCAACAACAAACUCAACCAAGGUUAAGACAACAAAAAAUGACAAGACCUAGACCAAAAACAAUUCAUGUUGAAACUGGUUCAGUUGAUAUUAGUGAAGCUUCUAGUAUAUCUAGUCGAGGCAAAAAAGGAUCUAGUUCAAAUUUAACAGGCUACGGCCAAUUAAGUUCGAAUUCCAUGCGACGUGAUUAUUACAGAGGAUCACAAGACUCUUUAGCUGUUAGAGAAUCUCCUGAUGAAUAUCCUAGCACAAGUUCUACUCCAAUUGGUCGAAGGGGAUCUUAUAAGAAUUCAAGAGAACCGACUCUAGAACGAGGCCGUACAUUAUCACGUAUUUCGAUAGCAAAAGGAAGUUCAUUAAAUUUCCGAGGGCGUAAAUCAAAUUCUCUCAUGAAUUUGUGCGAUACAGAUUCUGGUAUUGGACGUGCAACGCCUCCACGUCGGGCUCCAUCACCUGGUAUGGGGCCAUCAUCAUCAUCAUCAUCAGCAGGUAGGCAUUUACCAUCACCAUCUGGUCCAGGUUCUUUACCACCAGGCUUAAUGACAAAACGUCGAAUAUUCGAUGAUGGAUCUAGUGACAUUUCAGCUGCCAGUUCAAUGAUGGAAUAUUCGGGGCCUAAAUUAUAUAAACAACCAGCAGCUAAAUCCAAUCGUGGUAUUAUAUUAAAUGCUGUUGAAUAUUGUGUAUUUCCUGGAGCUGUUAAUCGUGAUGCCAAACAGAAGGUGCUGGAAAAAAUUGCUCGUUCUGAAGCUAAACAUUUUCUUAUAUUAUUCCGUGAUGCUGGCUGCCAAUUUCGUGCAUUAUACAGUUAUUGGCCAGAAAAUGAACAAGUUCUUAAAUUAUAUGGUACAGGACCUAGUCAAGUUGAUGAAGUCAUGUUUGAUAAAUUUUUCAAGUAUAAUUCUGGUGGUAAAUGCUUCUCUCAAGUGCAUACAAAACAUUUAACUGUAACAAUAGACGCAUUCACAAUUCACAAUUCACUGUGGCAAGGAAAAAAAGUUAAUUUGCCAAGUAAAAAAGAUAUGGCGCUAGUUAUUUGAAUUAUCUAAAAAAAUAAUAGAAAACAAAAGUUAUAUUAAAUUAGCUUAAUUCAAAUUUAAAUUAUAUACUAUAAAAUAAAAAGAAAACACGAAUAUGGAAUAAAAAUCAAGAAAUAGGAUAAAAAAUUUAAAAUAUCAACAUUUAAAUGGAAUAUUAAAUGAAGAGAAAAAAUUCAAAAAAAUAUCAAUAAUGAAAUUUUAUUGAAUUUGUUAAUAAAUUAGAAGAAACGAAAGAAAUGAAAUAAAAAAAAACAAACAAAUAAAUUAAAAAAAUAAUAAAUUAAUAUUUAUUAAUAUAUAUGUAAUAAUAAAAAAUAUACAAAAAAAAAGAAUUAAUAUUAAUAAAAUAAUGUAAAUGUUUAAUAAUUUAAUUUAAGAACAAUCGUUAUACUAACGAACUACUUUUUUUUUUUUUUUUUAUUAAUUAAUUUUUAAUUAAUAUCAAUAAUUAAUAUAAUUUUUAUGUUAAACAAUGUGUUUUUUUCUAUUUUAUGUUAACAUUAAUAUUAUUAUAACUUAACCUUUGUAUCUCUUUUUUUUAAAAAUAUAUUUACAAAAAAAAAAACAAACAAAAAAAAAGAAAACUAUUUUUUUUUUAUAGGAAAAUUAUUUAAAAAAUUAUAAAAGCAAUUAGGCUUACGAUUAAAAAGAAUCAGGAAAACUAAUAAUGAAAUCCUGUAUUUCACACUAUUUUUAGGGAACUGCCAAAAUUUAUUUGAAUUUUCUUUUUUUAAUUGUGUUUUUUAAGUGUAUUUCAAAAGUUCAUUCUAAUAUACUUUAUAAAAGUAUAUUAUUAUUGUCAUUUAAUUGUCACAAUAAUUAAUAAUAAAUUAAUUAUUGUGACAAUUCAUGAAAAUGACAGUGACUUAAUAGUUUUUUUUUUGUUACUUAAUUUGAAUUUCAUAUCAUUUUACUUUGUCAUUAUAAACAUUUU